CUGGUGCUUCCCCAACAUAAUAGAAUUAACAGAUGGGUUGGAUUAGUUGAAGCCGCGGUUGCUCUCAUUAUCUCAUCGUUGCUUAUUACACAAACAAGAACAGCCAGAGGGGAGUUCAAGUUAGGCCAACGGUUAGUUUCUUUCCCUCCGAUUCCCUUGGAACCAAAGCAAAGCCGUUCGAUUCUUGGUCACCAUCUCAAACCCACCUUCUCUGCUGCUGUUGCCCAAUCCCUUUUUAUUUGCAGUUGCUGCGACAUGGGUUGGAUCGUGAUCGUAUUGGGAUCCAUCUGAGGCUACCCAUUAGAGUUCUCCCCCUCAGGUUCAUGCUUUGGUAUUUAUUUAUGUGGUUUGAUUUCAAAAUUGGUGCCUUUGAGGUUUGAUGUUGCUUAACCAUUAGAGUUAUUUGCCGUAGGUUCAUGACUUGGUACCUUUUUCUUUUUGCUAUGAUUUGAUUUGAAGAUAUUUGAGAAUUGGGGCCUUCGAAGUUUAUAGUUGUGGGGCUUUGAGGAUUUGAAGUUGUUCAGCUGGAGGAUCAUGCUUAACAACAAACCCAUCUCAUGGUUUUUGCUGGAAGCUUAAGAUUUGGACAAAAUGAGCACUGGGUGUUUGAAGAUUUGUGUCUGCUAGAAGUUGGUCUUGGUUCAGAAUUGGAGAGUCUGGCUUGCUUAAUCAUAUGUGUAGGAACUGGAAGCUUUACAUCAGCUGCUGCUGCCUGACCGCUCUGGUAUUCUCAAAAUCUCUGUUCUUUCAUGGGACAUGAGGGGAGAAUUCUUGAAAUAUUGUGAGUGAAAAAGGAUCUUAAUUACAACCCAUAUGUGUUUGGCUUAUGUGAUUUCUAUUAUUAUUAUCUUUUUGAGUACAAGUUCUAUAGAAUUCAUGCUGAUAAGCCAAUUUCAAUCGAAGCUUAAUGCUGAAAAUGACGCGUCGCCAGUCUUCUACAACUCAAUCUGUGAUACGUGCUUCUUCAUGAUCAACUGAGCUUUGUCUGCUGUAUCUAGAAUAAGCUCAUAUUUAUUGCUUCCCCAUGAAUACCCGUUACUUUUUUCCGCCUGAGUCGUUGUGUAGUUCUGCUACUCCUGUUUCAUUUUCGUCGAUUUCUCCAGCUGGAGAAGAUCGUAUCGCUGCAGGUGUCCGGAACAGGUCACCUCGCGUCGCCCCCUCCUCGCUCUUGAUAAGAAUAGCAAUGAGGAUAUCUAGAGCAAGGUGGUUCAGCUUCCUAAGAAGAGUAUUCCACUACCAGAAUGGGUCAAGAUCAAACCUUGGGUCCAAUCCUUUCAAUUCUGGCACCUGGAUGGUGCUGGAGUUCUUAGCUUUAGCUGUUCAAAUAAGCAUCACAUCACUAACUUUGGCAAUUUCUAGAGCGGAGAAGCCGGUCUGGCCUAUGAGAUUAUGGAUUAUUGGGUAUGAUUUUGGCUGCCUUCUCAGUUUGCUACUGCUUUAUUGGCGCUAUUGGCAUACGUGUAUAAAUCAAGCAGACGGUGUGAGCCACUCCGACAUAGAGCAGCAGAGGGGAGAUGAAGAAUUCAGGAGCUCGCAUUUAAUGAACAGGUUUCGGACCUCCAUUGAGCUCUUCUUUGCAAUAUGGUUUGUGAUGGGUAAUGUUUGGGUCUUCGAUUCUCGCUUGGGAUCUUUCCAUCGUGCUCCGAAGCUUCAUGUGCUCUGCAUCUCUCUGCUUGCUUGGAACGCUGUCAGCUACUCCUUUCCUUUCCUCCUUUUCUUGUUGCUAUGUUGCUGUGUGCCUUUGGUCAGCAACCUACUCGGAUACAACAUGAACAUGGGGUCCAUCGAUCGUGGGGCAUCUGAUGAUCAAAUCUCCAAGAUACCCAGUUGGAGAUACAAAGCAAUCGACUCAUUAGAGCUCAGCAACGGCAGUGAUUGUGACACGGCCCUCGCAAAUGAAAGUCUAGUAAGUUUCACAGGCUUGAAAGUUGGAACCCACAACUAUAUGCAGCUAAACCCAGUCGGGAAACUGUCCAUUAGAUUGUUGUUUAGCCUGAUUAAACUGGGAAAGUUGUCAAACUUGUCUCUUAAUUUGAUCCUUGUGGAACCUAAUGAGUUUCUUCUAUUCUGCUUUGUUAAAUAGGAAUGCUGCAUCUGCCUAGCCAAAUAUAGAGACAAGGAAGAGGUGAGGCAGCUGCCUUGUUCCCAUAUGUUUCACCUCAAGUGUGUGGAUCAAUGGCUCAGAAUUAUAUCUUGCUGUCCUCUUUGUAAACAAGAAAUAGUCAGGUGAAAAGGCAAGCUGAAAAUGGCCAUCUGAACUGAAGGGGGGUUUGUUUUAAAAAUUUUUAAAAACAAAUUUUUUUUUUUGCAUACUUUCUUUUCCUUUCUCUUUCUUGUGUUUUGUUCUAUGUGAAUCUGCAUGGUUACUUGAGUGAGUUUAUUCAUUGUACAGUGGAGCUCACCAGUGACCGAGACUACAUUGAAAUUUCUAUUUUAUCUUGGAGAAGAUACUUUUGCAGGAAUUGAUGAUGUUGUAACCCUGCUUCCAUUGGGUAGCACAUUCCAUUGCUCCCAGAGGAUACCCCAAUACUUGUAUAUGCAUUUUUGUUUUUUGUUUUUUUGAAUUAUUAAUAAUGAUGAAUGGAAUACAUUUACCUGUACUAAAUAAUGGUUAAUGGAGUGACUAUAAUUUUAUUA